GCCUUGUUCAGCACCGGCCCCCGUCCAAACGCUUCCCCCCGGCACGGUAGCGUUGCAAUCAUGGCAUCCAAUUCGACGACCUCAGUCGACAAGAAGGUUGAGACGGAAGGCUCCCUCAACACCUACAGACCGACUGUUGGGAACCAGGAGGUCGAUGUCGCGGCAGAGCUGACCGCAGGCAAGGAGAUCAGCUUCACGCCGGAGGAGGCUGAGCGAGUACGGCGGAAGAUUGACAUGCAUCUCAUGCCUCUCAUGUGUAUUCUGUACAGGAUGCAAUUUGCCGACAAGACAACACUGGGACAGUCUGCUAUCCUUGGGCUAUUUGAGGGUGCACACAUAGACCAAAACCAGUUCAACUGGUUGGGCACAAUCUUCUACCUCUUCUUCUUGGUCUUCGAAUGGCCUCAGAAUGUUGCUCUCCAAUACCUCCCUGUGGGCAAAUGGAUGAGCUUCAACAUCUUCGUAUGGGCUGUUGCUCUGCUCUGCCAUGCUGCUGCAACCAGCUUCGGUGGACUCUUCGCAUGCAGAGUCUUCCUCGGUAUCUGUGAGGGUGCAAUCACCCCAGGUUUCCUCUUGGUCACCGCCAUGUUCUACACGCGCAAGGAGCAAUCUCAGCGGGUGGGCUACUGGUUCCUCAUGAACGGUUUCGCCAUCAUCAUGCUUGGCCUUAUUGCCUUCGGUGUGCUGCACGUCAAGUCUACCACCUUUAUGGCCUGGCAAUGGCUGAUGAUCAUUUUCGGCGCAAUUACGCUAAUUGUCUCAGUACUAUUCUGGUUCUUCUUCCCUGAUUCGCCCGCCAAUGCAUGGUUCCUGACGCCCGAGGAGCGAAUCAUCGCCGUCGAACGCAUCAAGGUCAACCAGGCCGGUGUCGAGAACAAGCACUUCAAACUUGAGCAGCUGAAGGAGUGUCUCUACGACCCUAAGACAUGGCUCUUCUUCUUCAUGUCUGCUAUCUCGAACGUGACGAAUUCGCUGAGUAACCAACGUCAAAUCAUCGUGGCCGGCUUUGGCUUCAGCGUAGGCAACACGACGCUUAUUGGAACGGUGGACGGAGCCGUCGAAAUUAUUGUCAUCCUCUGCACGGUGACUUCGGCAACGUACUGGAAGAACGGUCGCGCCUACUCCGCGACCCUCGCCUACGCCGUGGCUAUCCUCGGCUCCAUUCUCGUGAGCGCGCUCCCAGACCACCGAGUCGGCCUGCUGUUCUGCUAUUGGCUCUCAGUCACAUCGAUCGCGCCGUUCGUUGUCAUCCUCGCAUGGUCCGCGGCCGUGACGGCAGGGCACACGAAGCGCACGACGAUGAAUGCCGUGGUUAUGAUCGGCUACGCCGUCGGGAAUGCCGCUGGACCUCAGUACUGGAAGGCGUCCUACCAGCCGCGAAACCAUAUCCCGUGGGCGAUCCUGUCGGCGUGUUGGUUCGCGACCGCUGUUCUCCUCAUAGCGACGCGCGUGUACUUGUCGAUGGAGAACAGGAAGCGCGACAGGGAGGGGCGCGACGCGAAGUAUGACGAGGUGUUCAUCACCCGCGUCAGGGACGAUGGGACGAAGGAAGAUGUCAAGGUCGAUAAGGAAUUCCUGGAUCUCACUGAUAUUCAAAACCGCGACUUCCGCUACGUGCUUUAACGCUUUGAGAUGAAAUAUUUAUGACGUUCUUAAAUAUCCCGGUCCACCUGUAUGAUUUUACUAAUCCUCUGGAUUUGUCGCCCUUUCGUAUAUAGCACAUAUUAGCGUUCACACAGCGGGCGUGGUACGUCGUUGCUAGAUUGAAAUUGAGGCUUUGUCUUCAG